GUAAAAGAGGAAGAAAAGAAAUAUAUUCCUGAGCUUCAAAAACAGAGAGAUUGAAAAGCACGGGAUUUAUAUUUUCCCCAGCAUUUUUUUAUUAUUUUCCCUUUUUUCCCUCUCUCUCUCUCUCUCUCAUCUUUUUCAUAAUGAAUGACCAAGAGUUUACAGACAUACAUUUGCGUUGGAAUAACGGUAUUGACUUGGUGUUAACUGUAUUAAGGCACAAGGACAAUAUUGGCGAAAUAAAGCAACUGAUUCGCAGAAAUGCUAUUGAACAAACGAGUAAAAAGACUAUCCGAUUAAUCCACCGUGGACAGUUGCUUAGAGACGAUGAAAAGACACUGGCAGACUAUGGAAUCCAAAGCAACCGUAUUUUUAUCCAUUGUGCAUUAUCCGACCCCAUCAUUCCUACCAAUACCAUCACAUCCACUGAAACACACUUGCAGAAAAAAACUGUUGCUGGGUUUGAUAAAUUGAGCGAAUCUGGUUAUAACGAUGAGGAAAUCCGAAGUAUUCGCACACAGUUUCACUCACACGCAAGUCCAGAUUACAUUGACGGGGAACCACCCAAUGAGCAUGAAAUUAGUCUAGAAGAGCAAUGGAUGGAACACAGUGGUACCAUGCUACCCGAACAAGAUCAAAGCUCCGUCAAAGAAAUGAUGUGUGGACUAUUGCUGGGUUUCUUUUUGGGCGUCCUCUGUCUCUUUUGGGUUAAAGAAUCUGUCUUUACCAGAAGGCAUCAAAUGGGCAUCGUGGCCGGUAUGCUGAUUAAUGUGUCGUGUGGUGUCAUUCAUGUAUUCUACUAACAACCCAAAAAAAAAACUAUAUACCCCCCUAUCAACAAAUGGUCUACACCCUACGGCCCUUUAUUUUUUACGUACUUUUUUAUGCUUAAGACUAUGAAUACGCCUGUCUUCUAGUAUGUAAAGGCUCAAACAUAUGGGUGAUUGAAUAUACAAUUAAAUCAUCCUGACGUAAGCCAGCUCUUGUUUAUCAGUUUAUAAAUAAAACUCACUUCUGAUUAAAUAGACAAUUGAAUCAUCCUGAUGUAUAC